AGAUCUCUCCUCCCUCAAACUAGAGAAUGUCCGUUGCUUGAAGCCCUUUAAAGUCAUUUCUCACAAAUACACUCCAUUCUUCUGGACUUCUCUUUUCUUCCUGCACUAAUCAAAGAAAGACACCAAAGUGUUCACUUUCUCUGCCAAACUCCAUUGAACUUUGAAGAGCUUGCAAAGAUGUUUUGCUUAACCAUAAACAGUCUCACUCCAAAGCUCAAACUCCUCAACCCAUGCACACCACCACCUUUUCACCACCUUCACGUCCAUGUUACCAACUCUCACAAAAACCCAGAAAAAAUCAGUAUAAAAAGUCCACAAACCUCAGCCAUGCAUGUCAUUCACAAUUAGGAGGAUGUGCAGUGGUAGCAGUAGCAUGGUGAUGGAGAAGGAGGAGCAAGAGGAGAACAAGGUGUGGCCUUUGUGUGGGUUGAGUUAUUGGGUGCAAGGAUUCAGGUGCUUCCCAUGGUUGGCUCUCAACUUUCAUAUGGUUCAUGCUCUUAGGAUUAGCCCAUCCACUCUGCAACUUGUUCAGAGUUGUGCUAACCUUCCUCUUGUUGCUAAACCCCUCUUUGGGGUCAUCUCUGAUGCUGUCUACAUUGGAGGUGCUCACAGGAUUCCCUACAUCUCCUUUGGAGUUUUUCUGCAGAUUAUAGCUUGGGGAGCAUUAGCAUUGAUCCCUUCCACAAUGGAUACAUUUCCUGCUCAAAUGGCAUUCAUCUUACUCACCAACCUUGGAGCAUCUUUCACUGAAGUUGUUAGUGAUGCUCUCGUUGCCGAAUUUAGCAGAGCACAAACAGAAGGUAAGCUGCAAUCCUAUGCAUUCAUAGCCUUGACAGCUGGUGCAAUUUCCGGCAACUUAUCUGGUGGUUUCAUCAUGUUAAGGACUCAAGAGCCGAAGCUUAUGUUUUUCGCAUUUGCUCUGCUACUUUCCAUUCAAUUUGCUCUUUCACUGAUUACAAAGGAAACCUCUCUUUACCCUGCACAAUGCACAAGUCAUUACCUUGUUCAAAAUUCUUUACCGCAGAAUCUGCGCAAACAAUUCUCCGAGCUGAUGGCAGCGAUCAGCGAAGAGAGGAUUUUAUAUCCGCUUCUCUGGAUUGUAUCUUCUAUAUCUGUUGUUCCCAUUCUUUCAGGUGCCAUGUUUUGCUUUCAAACACAGUGUCUAAACCUUGAUCCUUCGAUCAUUGGUCUGUCUAAAGUUGUCGGCCAGUCGAUGGUCUUAUUGACCACCAUUUUUUACAACCGAUACUUGAAAAGGAUACCGAUGAGGAAACUGAUUUUCGGGGUGCAGAUAGUGUAUGCUCUUGCACUUCUAUCAGACCUGUUUUUAGUGAAGCAAAUCAAUCUCACACUUGGAAUAUCAAAUGAAGCUUAUGUCUUGUGUUUGUCAGCUUUGGCUGAAGCUGUGGCACAGUUCAAGAUCCUGCCUUUUACUGUUCUAAUUUCGAGUUUAUGCCCACCGGGCUCUGAAGGUUCUUUGUUUGCCUUUUUCACUUCAGCUUUGUGUUUAUCAUCUAUACUUAGUGGCAUUUUUGGUGUCGGAGUAGCUUCUAUCAUCGGUGUGUCGAGUGGGGACUAUUCUAGCUUGCCUUUUGGCAUUGUGCUUCAGUCUUUGGCUUCAUUGGUUCCCUUAGGAUGGAUAUCUCAUGUUCCUGCAGAUAGUAAUUCAGAAGGCAUGAAGAAGAAGAGAAAAAAGUGAUGAAUACCUCAGUGAAAUAAUUCCGACUUAUUCCUAUAGAUUUUGACUUUUGACAGCAUGCACACACGGUGAUCGAUUAUCAGGUUUCUCUUGAAUCUCCUUGUAAAUCCUGUAAAAAUUUUGAUUCUGUUUCUGAUUCUGAAACAAAAGCUAAAGGUGAUAUGUUGUAUAAAUCCUUAUGUCACAAUAGUUAUUUCUGCAAAAAAAAAGAAUGCUCUUGUUUCUU